UGAAGACAAAUAUUUCUGAUAUAAAAAGUUAUAGAAGCCUUCCACACUCGUUAUUUGAAUUUCCGUAUUCGUCAUUGUGCGGUUGUGGUUUAGGGAAUUUUGCUUUCCUUUUAACAAUUAACGCUAUUUACAUUUCAUAGAAAAUGUCUCUCGACGAGUCUUUCAACAAGGCAGCUGAAGAUGUUAAGAAUUUAAAAUCCAGACCUACUGAUCAAGAAUUGCUAGAGUUAUAUGCACUCUAUAAACAAGCAACAAUUGGGGACUGUAAUACAAGUCGUCCUGGAAUGCUAGAUUUAAAAGGAAAAGCUAAAUGGGAGGCAUGGAAUGGGAAGAAAGGCAUGAGUCAGAAUGAUGCUAAGGAAGCAUAUGUAAAAUAUGCAAGUGAACUCAUUGCAAAAUAUGGAAAUUAAAUUAUUCUAUAUGUAGAAUUACAUGCUUUAUUAUAUAUUCCAAACUUUCAUUGAAAGCACUUGCUUUUUGUCUACCAAACUUCAAAAGAUUUUUUAAUUAUUAUUGUUUAUAUAUUGAUAUAUCAUCUGUUGUUUAAAAUUUAUGUAUAUUUAAGAAAUAAACAUUGUUUUUCUUUUUUUAAAUGAA